AUGAGUCGGGAUGAGGAAUCUGCUCAAAGAGGGUAUUCUUCACGCUCCUAUUUGGAAAUUAUUGAGGAUUAUCUACCUGUUAUAUGGGAAUCUGGUAUGGAAUUCAUGCAAGAUAAUGCUCCCAUACAUACAGCCAAUAUUAUUAAGAAUUGGUUUGAUGAGCAUGGUAUUUCUCUUGUU